AUGUCUGAAAACGAUGCUGGUGUUCUCACGCCCGACGUAAUGGACGGCGCGUUUUUCUCGUUCCCAUAUAAACCUUAUCAAAUUCAGCUAGAUCUAAUGCGUCAAAUCUGGUCAACACUAGAGAAUGGCCAUUGUGGUAUCUUUGAAAGUCCGACAGGCACGGGUAAGUCCGCCAGUCUAAUCUGUGGGGCUCUGACAUGGCUUACGAUGCACACGGACGAGUUUGGACUUUUGCGAAAUGUAUCGGAACAGAAGACAAGUAAGAACACGGAGAAGAUAGAAAAGUGCGCAGAACCGAGUUGGUUAGACGACUUUCAGCAAAAGACAGUCGAUCAAGAGCUCAAAUGCCGUCAACAGACAAUUAAGGAAGCAUUGGCUGGCAUCGAGAAACUUCGACUAGAGCCCGAACUCGUCGCAAAAAAGCGUAAGAUGAGAGUUUCUUAUGGCCACAAGGAGUGCAAGCGAAAACAUCAGCAUAGCAGCAGACGAGACAGAAAAGAGGACGAUAACGAUGAUGCUGAGUAUUUGGUGGAUCCGUACGACAGCGAUCAAAUUGGACAAAAUUCGAGUGUCAGUGAUGAAAAAGCGAAGAACUUAUCGAUGCGACAUGAGACCGAGAAGAAAUCAGACUUUGGGGUGGUCAAGAUCAUUUACUGCAGCCGCACACAUUCUCAAAUCUCACAGUUUGUUAAGGAGAUUCGAAAGACGACAUUUGCUGACCGCGUCCGCGUUAUCUCACUGGGUUCUCGCAAAAAUUUAUGUGUUAAUCCAAAUGUGAAGGUGCUGAAUUCAGAUUUACAAAUGGCCGAUAAGUGCCUGGAUAUGAUGCAAAGUAGCAAGACUAAAGAUCACAAAAAGGUGGGUAAAUGUCCGUUUUACGAUAAAGAGCUGCUUGGCCAUUACAAAGAUUACGCUCUGGCUAACGUAAAAGACAUCGAAGACCUGUACACUCUUGGCGAAGAUAUGUCCAUAUGCUCUUACUACGGUUCCCGGGAAAGUAUCCCGCUUGCGCAAAUUGUCACGGCGCCAUAUUCAAUGCUACUAAGCAAAGAUGCUCGAGAUACUUUAGGCAUUUCAGUGGAUAACAGUAUUGUCAUAAUCGAUGAAGCACACAACAUUAUUGAUGCUAUCAAUAAUACUUAUAAGGUGGAAAUCACCAGUAAACAGCUUGUGGUGGCGCGACGAACUCUCUGGUCGUAUUUUUCAAAAUAUGAAAAACGGUUCAAGGGCAAGAAUGCAUUUUACAUCAAACAGCUUUUAUCAACCUUAGAGUCUUUGACAAAGUUUCUGCGCCAGCUAAACAAGUCUGUGGGAAGAGCCGGUGUGGACAAUGAUGAAACCAGAGGAGCGCAAAUGAUGACGAUCAACGAUUUCUUGUUCAAUUCGCGAAUUGAUCACUUUAACAUGUUUAAGAUUUUGGAAUACCUUAGUGAGAGCGGCCUAGCGAAGAAGCUUACAGGUUUUGUAAUUUCCACAAGUACAAUUUCACAGAGUGCACAUGCACCUUUUGAUGACACUGUCGGAGAGUUUGAAAGUCGUCACAUUUCGCCACUUCGAACAGUUGAGGCUUUUUUGAAAGCAUUAACGAAUGCGGAUGGCGAUGGCCGAAUCCUCGCGCGACCACAAAAUGCAAGUAUAGGAGAAUGUUCACUUCGAUUUUUUUUGCUGAAUCCUGCCUUCCAUUUUCAAGAUAUCGUGCAAAAAGCACGUAGCGUCAUCCUAGCGGGUGGAACUAUGCAACCGGUAUCACAAGUCAUUGAGCAACUCUUUUCGUCGGUGCCGAUCGAGAAAAUUGAUUUGUUUUCGUGUGGACAUGUAAUUCCUCCCGAAAAUCUCCUAGGCUUCAGCCUUGCAUCUGGCCCGUUCCAGAAGCACCUCGAAUUUACAUAUUCGCGACGAGGUGACAUGGAAAUGCUGGAUGAGCUGGGACGCAUCCUAUUGAAUCUCUCGCGCAUCGUGCCGGGUGGAGUCGUAGUAUUCUUUCCCUCCUAUCAUUUUGAGGAAGAUGCAGUCCGUCGAUGGCAAGAAACAACGAUGUACGACCAAAUUGAAGCAAAAAAAUCUAUCUUUAAAGAACCUAAGAAAUCUGACGAACUAGCUAAGGUACUUUCGCGAUAUUCAAUGGCAUGCUCACACAGUGGAAAUGGGGCCAUGCUAUUGAGUGUGGUAGGCGGCAAAAUGUCAGAAGGAAUAAACUUUAGUGACGAAUUAGCCCGAUGCGUUGUCAUGGUCGGCAUGCCGUAUCCGAAUGCACAAGAUGCAGAACUUACUGAAAAAAUGGCCUAUUUGGACAAAAGCGAUUUUGGGGCUGGAAGACAGUUUUAUGAAAGUCUUUGUAUGAAGGCUGUCAACCAGUCUAUUGGCAGAUCAAUUCGUCAUCAAAACGAUUACUCCACCAUUUUGUUAGUUGAUAAUCGAUACUCAAGCCAAGCAGUGCGCUGUCGGCUGCCGAAUUGGAUACAAGAGCGCAUCCAACCACCAGUGUCAUUUGGUGAAGUUUACUUCCAGCUUGUUCAAUUUUUUCGAACAAAAGAACUUCAAAGUAUAGCAGAAAGCAAUGAGAAUGUGUUAUCAGCUUGA